UAAAAUAUGCCAUUUUAACAAAAGCUGAAUCAUUUUUAUGGCUGUGAGAAAACUCACAGCCAUAUGUCCUCACAAUCUUUCGAGGAAAAUCCAGCUGGAAUUCUGUCACACGCUAUUGCUUCAGCAGUAAGAAGCUGCUGCUGGGACAGUGCAACAGAGAAAAGGCAGUGGUUGUAUUUUAGACUUCAUUGUGUGCUGGGGAAACAAAUAUGGCUGUCAGGUACUGGCAGGUGGCGCUCAGACCAACUUCAGCCUGUGUGAAAAAAUGCAGCCCCACGCAUUUCAAUGAAACCACUUCGAUGACCGAUGCAAAUAACACGAUCACUUUCCCGACUAAAAUCCUGUUAAAUCCUAUCCUAGUUCUAUAAACCUCUGUGUUGCAUCUUGGUGUCUUAUAAACCGUCAAGCUCAUGGAUUUAUGACUCAAUCCGGGAGACUAUCCUCCCUCGAAAAACGCCCACAUAAGUUGUUUGUUCAAGCAGCAAUUACGACUUAUAUUUACGUUAAUACAUUAUAAACUAUAAACCUUAAGAGGAUUUUAGUCUGUUAAGGUAUCGCGUUUUUCGGCCUCUACUGGCUGUUACGACAGGAGCAAAAAGUGAUGAAGUUUAAGAGCACUGAAGUCCUCGUAAGGAGGCAGGUUAGGGUGGUGGAAUCAGUCAAACAAACAGGAUUUUCACCCAGGAGACAGGGGUUCGAAACCCCACGCCAUGAUCUUUUUUAAACUCAAUCAAGUAGUUUUUGUGCCAGGCUGUCCUAAUUCAUUUUCAGGCUUCUCACCGGUACCUUUCCACCCACUCACUCUUUUCAGGUAAAAACACAGCUGUAAAGGAUGUCAUAAAUUACACCCACUUGUUGUGAGAAAAAGCUGUAUAGCAGAUGAAAUUGAGACGGUAGGAAGGUUAUACACAAAAUCAAAGAAACCCAUCAUGAACGAAAGACCAACAUGUUGUUGCUGUCGACCUAGCAGGUUGAGAAACAACUUCACUUUUAUACUUUGUGAUGAUAUAUAUGUCUGAAGCAUUUCAACAGAACAGUCUGCUCGUUAAGUUCUCCUUAUUUUCAAGAUAUCGGCCUACUGAUAGAAUAUUUCCAAAACAUUUCACUUCAAACAAUCACCAGAUCUUUUUAACACGCAAAAUCUGAAAUUUAAAAAUGGUGAAUUUUUAAGUAUAUCAAGUUAUUACCUUUUUUUUAUUACUACAGUGGAUUAUUGUUUAUUGACAAGUAAAAAGAAAGUGACUUUGUUAAAGAAAAUGUGCAAAAAUGAAUGAACAAAGUUUGUUUCCCUCGAGCAACUUCUCUCCCCUCCACUCACUCCCCUUCUCCCACCGAGAACUAAUGGCUGAUGGUAAUUACAUUUAAUGAGAUCAUGGGUCGUCUGCAAAGUGCACUUCUGCAAAUUGCUCUCAGCGUGGGGUCUGAAGUGGGAGAAGGUAGGGGGCGACGGGGCAGUGGAGGUCAGGGCCAGGAGUGUUUGCCCAGUGUUUUGGGCCCGGGACCCAAAGUGGCUUUACCCCGUCAAUCAGUGAGCAGUGAAACAUGUCGUGCAUUUGUCUGCCUUUGUCUUCCUCAUUUGUUUGUCUGGCAGAGAUAACCACGCAGAGGUGGUGCUCGGCUCUAUUGUGUGAAGCUGUUGUCAGCCCAUCACGUCCACCCAUCCCCUCCCGGCCCCCAUCUCCCCUCUUUCCCUUUCUCCCUGCUCCACGACUGGUCAUUUCGCCACUAGUUUCUGGCUGCGGGGGGUGACCUGGGCAAUUUAGUUAAUCCAUUAACAACUAAUUGUCUCCUCCUACCCUGUUGCUUGGACAAACAGCCCGGUGGGGGAUAAAGUCCAGCCCUGGUGACCUAUAAAUGUUACACUGGAAGAGGAGGCAGCCACUGUCACUGCAUGGAUCUCUGCAGUACACACUUACUGGGACAUUUAGAUUUGGAUUUGGUGUGGAGCCAUAGCCAAGUGACUCAUCUUUUAUUUUGCCACCCAGUCUUGAGUUAAUCGAUUUCAGUCCCUCUUGCUUCUACAUUUAUUUUUAUUAUUAAUUUGUUGGUGGAAAUGUUGGGGAAUCUGUGGAUGCUGUGCCUGUGUCUCUGCUUCUCCUGGACCCAAGCUCGCAUAUGGGCCUGGAUGCUCAACAUGCCUCACAGCCCCCCCAAAGAAGGAGCAAAGGCGCCUAGAGAAAGCGCUCUUGUAGCCAAAGCAAUCACGGCUAUGUGCGACCACGACAGGGCCUGUGGACGGGGUUUCUCCUGUGAUCGACACUUUGGUCUUUGCGUUCCUCUGCAAGGGGAGGGCCACUACUGUCGCAGGGAUGCCCAGUGCGUCCGCGGACUCAGCUGCAUGUUUGGGAAGUGCCACCGCAGCAUCCCCAACGGGCAAGAGGGUGCCAGAUGUAAAGUUGACAGGGAUUGUGGGACUUCCAUGUGCUGCGCUCGACACCACGGUGAGCAGGUGUGCAAGAGACGUCUGAUCAGCGGGGAGAGCUGCUAUGUUCCCGAUGGUGGUCUGGCAUUCAGCAUAAACCAGAUUUGUCCAUGUGAUGAGGGGCUACUGUGUCGAAAAGACACUGCAUCACACCAGAGAGAGAGAGAUUUUAUUUACCAGCUAGAACGAACAAGUUGGACCUGCCAAGUGGCCAAAUCUUGAUGCCUGCCUCAACAUUAAAGCAAUUUAUUGUGUAAAUAUGUUGUAUAUGAUUGUAUAUAAAGAAAUGUAUGUAUUUUUCAAGUAUGCUGUAGUGAUACAUGUUCUUAUUAGAGUCUUACAGCAAGGAUAUUUUUUUUAUUUCAUUUUGUACAUUUAGACAAAAGCACUACUGUAUGUAGCUCAACAAUGCCUUACAGUAUCUUCCUCAUGCCUUUAAUGAUCUUUGAUUAUAUCUAUAAAUGUU